UUUGUUUUUUAUUUUGGAAAUCAAAUGCUGCCAAAACAUCUGGAUGAUCUAAUCGCGUCGCUACUUAAAUGGAAGACAGACAAGCGUAUUCAUCUACCCGAGAUGGAUAUCGUAAAGCUUCUGCAAUCGGCACGUGGUGUUUUGAUAGACGAACCCAUGCUACUAAGGAUACAUGCGCCGAUGAAUGUCCUGGGCGACAUACAUGGUCAGUUCUCGGAUAUGCUGCGAUACUUCGAGUCUGCGGGCUAUCCGCCGAAGACCAACUAUCUCUUUCUGGGCGAUUACGUCGAUCGUGGAAAGUAUUCCGUUGAAACGCUGACACUAUUGCUAGCCUUCAAAGUCAAGUUCCCCUAUUCGGUAUUCCUGCUACGCGGCAAUCACGAGUCGUCCAGCAUUAAUCAGGUAUAUGGCUUCUACGAUGAGUGCAAGCGACGCUUCACUGUGCGUCUGUGGAGAUGCUUUGUGGAUACCUACAAUUGUAUGCCUGUUGCUGCGAUCAUUUCCGAUCGGAUCUUUUGUUGUCACGGCGGUCUGAGUCCGUUGCUGCAUGAAAUGGACGACAUACUCAACCUGCCGCGACCAUGUGAGGUCAAGACAAAUGGAUUACUCUGUGAUCUGCUCUGGUCUGAUCCCGAUCCAGUUAUCGCGGGCUGGGCCAAGAACUCGCGAGGUGUCAGCUUCACCUUUGGGGCGGACAUCGUUCUACAGUUCCUGGCCCGCUUCAAUUUCGAUUUGGUCUGUCGGGCUCAUCAGGUAGUCGAGGAUGGUUACGAAUUCUUUGCCAAGCGCCAGCUCAUCACCAUCUUCUCGGCGGUCAACUACUGUGGCGAAUAUGACAAUGCCGGUGGUAUGAUGUGCGUUGAUGAACAUCUAAAUAUCACAAUGGUUGUGAUAAAGCCAAAAAAACGCGAAGCAGACAACGUCAAAUUCGCAGCUCUUAUCGAGAAAGCACCAGAGAUCCUAAACAGAGCUCAGCACUAGAUUUGUAAAAGUUUAGCUAAUUAAGCAUUUCAGUUUGAUAAGCAUGUACCGAUUUUAUUGUUAUAAUGCAUGUAAGAUCUUCAAUAAGAGACAAAUGAAAUCGGUACUUUAAUUUGA